ACACCAUGCCACAAAGAGAGUGAUCUCUUCCCCUGUUUUCACAAUGGAGGACUCCGGAAAGACUUUCAGCUCCGAGGAGGAAGAAGCUAACUAUUGGAAAGAUCUGGCAAUGACCUACAAACAGAGGGCAGAAAAUACGCAAGAGGAACUCCGAGAAUUCCAGGAGGGAAGCCGAGAAUAUGAAGCUGAAUUAGAGACGCAGCUGCAACAAAUUGAAACCAGGAACAGAGACCUCCUGUCCGAAAAUAACCGCCUUCGCAUGGAGCUGGAAACCAUCAAGGAGAAGUUUGAAGUGCAGCACUCUGAAGGCUACCGGCAGAUCUCAGCCUUGGAGGAUGACCUCGCACAGACCAAAGCCAUUAAAGACCAAUUGCAGAAAUACAUCAGAGAGCUGGAGCAAGCUAACGACGACCUGGAAAGAGCCAAGCGUGCCACGAUCAUGUCUCUCGAAGACUUUGAGCAGCGCUUGAAUCAGGCCAUCGAAAGAAACGCCUUCUUGGAAAGUGAACUUGAUGAAAAAGAGAAUCUCUUGGAAUCUGUUCAGAGACUGAAGGAUGAAGCCAGAGAUUUGCGGCAGGAACUGGCCGUGCAGCAGAAGCAGGAGAAACCCAGGACCCCCAUGCCCAGCUCAUUGGAAGCUGAGAGGACAGACACAGCUGUGCAGGCCACGGGCUCUGUGCCGUCCACGCCCAUCACUCACCGAGGACCCAGCUCGAGUUUAAACACGCCCGGGAGCUUCAGACGUGGCCUGGACGACUCCACUGGGGGGACUCCCCUCACACCUGCGGCCCGGAUAUCAGCCCUCAACAUCGUGGGAGACCUACUGCGGAAAGUUGGGGCACUGGAGUCCAAACUCGCUUCCUGCCGGAACCUCGUGUACGAUCAGUCCCCAAACCGAACAGGUGGCCCAACCUCUGGGCGGAGCAGCAAGAACAGAGAUGGUGGUGAGAGACGGCCGAGCAGCAGCAGCGUGCCUUUGGGUGAUAAGGGGUUGGGGAAGCGCCUGGAAUUUGGGAAGCCGCCUUCACACAUGUCUUCAUCGCCGCUGCCGUCAGCCCAGGGGGUAGUCAAGAUGUUGCUUUAGGAAAACCACGGAAGCUGAAGCGCUUGCUGUCGGUUGGACACGAGUUGCCGCUGGUUGUCCAAGUCGACGACCAGGUCGUCCAGCUCCUGUUGAAGCCUGUUCUUGGUCUUUUCCAGUUUAUCAUAAGCGGCCGCCUUCUCCUCAUACUGCUGGGUGAGGUUCUCGAUCUCCUUCUGGAAUCUCUUCUUCCCCUCUUCCAGAGCUUCCACGGUGCUGGCAAAGUCCUGCAGCUUCUUCUUUGAGUCGGAGAGCUACAAGGACAGCGUCCAGGGUAGGGUGAGAGGGGGACCAUGAGUGACCCCUGUCCCUGGCUCCACAGACUCUGGGAAGCGAAAACCAUGUCUCCUUGUUGGAGAAACCCAAUAGUAAGGGAAGCUGGGGGGUCAAGCACCAUCGCACCAACACUCCACCACGAUCUGCCUAUGGGGGAUCUCAGCGCAGAGAAGUUGAGAGGACCCAUGACGGAAGCAAGAGCACAGGGCAGGCACCUGGAUGUUGAGAGUGGAGAUGUGACGCUCCAGGUUCUGCUUGGCCUCCAUCUCCUCGUCCAGCUGGUCUUGCAGGCUGUUCCGCUCCUCCUCCAGCUGGCGCAGCUUCGUAGACACAUUGAGCUUCUGCCGGGUUUCUUCUUGAAGCAGCUCCUGCAAAAGGGACGCACGGAGGUCCCAGGGACCCGCCCCGAGGAAGGCCACCCCCCAGGUCCCCUGGAUGAUGUGGCAGGACACUCACCUGGGUGUCCUGGAGCUGGGAACUGAGGGACGCCACAUCCUUGGCCAGCUUAAUGGCCUUCCCCUCAGCCUCGUUAAGCAUCCCUGUGACGCUCUCGACUUCAUUCUGAGGGUGCCAAGAGACUGGUUAGUCAAAGCCUCUAGAAAGGGAUCCUUAUUAAAAGGAGCCCUUUUUACUCAAAACACGUGGUGUACCCUCAUGGGCUAGGACUUGGGGUGUCCACUGAUUGAGAAAAUACCUCCACAAGGUAUGGGACUCUGAUAAAAAAAAAAAAAAAAGUCUGUGGCUCGAAGGGAACUCUGUCACCUAUGAGUUAGGACCCUGGCCCUCGACUCUGUGGUUCUAAGAACUUGUUUGAGCCCCAAUUGUAUUGACAGGGACCUGAUCCCACUAAAUGGAUCCUAGAUCCCUGCCAAGGUUGGUAGAGACAAAGCAGCAGGUCUGAGAGUCCAGACGAGGUGCUCUGGCUGGUCCACUCUCUAAGGUUGGAGACAGGAGACCAGGAUGGUACUUAAAUGUCCAAGGGAUGCUGUUCCAUCCCCUCCUUCCUCACUCCUCCUCUUUUGUCCCUUCACUGACCCUGAUGGCCAAAGCCAGAGACGCAGACCCUAAAGGUAAAAACGCCCUCUGUGUAUUCUCUGGCUUUUACUCCCUAGUGUCUCUGCAUAAUUCCCUUUGAAGGUUUGAAGGUGUUAGCCUACCCCUCCAUCUCUUCCAUUGACAAGGAGGCUAUGAAUGGUCUUGACACUGCUUAUAUGAGGGCAGCAAAACCGCUGCUCUCAACUGCAUGUGGGAAAAAACAUCUCACUCAAUGCUUCCCCUGCCCCUUGGUCCCUGGCUGUGAACAUGUUAAAUAUUUAUGAAAACUUUGGCCACAUCCCCACGAGUGGAAAGGCAGGCUAAAUGUCUGUUCCAAGCGAAAGAAGACCAAAGACAAACAGACCAUGUCACUCAUCAGCUUAAAACCCCUCAACAGCUUCGCAUCACCCAGAGGGAGAACCAACAUACGUGUAAUAGGUCUGCAAAACCCCACAUCAUCUGGUACAGCCUCCUCCUCCAACCCCACUCUGUACUGUCUCCCCCUACCCCAACCCCAACUGGGCACUCCAGCUUUACUGGUCAUUUGUCUCUCUCCUAAUUUUUCUACUUACCACAGGGCCUUUGCACAUGCUAUUCCCUCUGCCUGGUAGACUUAUCCAUGCUCCUUAGGGAAGCUUUCGUGGCCCCUCCUCCCCCAGGUUUGGCCUCCUGGUUAUUUACACUUAGGCAUCAUGUGCCUUUCCUUUGCUGCAUCAUUUAACAUUCAUUUAUGUGAUGAUUCAUGUCUUCCUUUCCCCUUACUCGGCUGAAGUCCUACUGGGGCAGGGACAGUGUCUCUUUUUGCUUGCUGCUGUUUCUUAGGAUUAAGCACAGUGCCUGGCUACAGCAGGUACUCAAUAAAUACUUGUCAAAUUGG